AUGUCAUCAUCGGAAACACAAACAACCACCACGGAAAACACUUCAACCACACAAGCUAGCACAUCAUCCACCUCGGAAACCACCACUCCCAAUCCACCCAUCAAUGUAGAUCCUCUCGCAAAUUUACCAGAAUUUCUCAAGAAAGGUACCAUUGGAUUUAUCUUAAAACCUGGCUCCUCGCUUCAUCCGAAUUUUAUCAAAGUUCUAUGGACUUCCAUUGUGGCACUUUUGGUGUGUCUCGUAUUCAUGUAUUAUGUGCCAUCCAUUGCUAAAUAUCAUGUCGCUAUUUUGUUUUUAAUUACAAUGGCUUUGAGUAUAACAUUAUUCAUUGUCAUACCAAUGCUUAGACAAAUGCAUGAAGAAGACAAACAAGCUCUACGUAAAAAACUUCUUCUAAGAAAGAAGAGAAAAUUAUUAGAAGAACAAGAAAAACGUCUUCAGGAACAGCGGCAACAAGAAGAGCAACCCUCAACAACCAUUGAAGAAGAAGGUUCGUCAUCAUCGGCCAAUACAAGCACUACUACCCCCACUACAAGUACUCGAGCAAGUAAUGCCACUCAAGAAGAUGAGAAUUUGAAUGAAAAGCUCAAGAAAGACUAA